UUAAAAAUGAUAACGGUAUUUUUCUGAAUAAUUUUCAAGGAUUUAAUUAAUUUUAUUUAGAGAAUCAUCAAUUAUACUUUCAAAUUGAUUUUUUCAUCAUUCUAUAGAGAUGGAUUCAUUUAAUAGAUCUGGGAUCUAGAAAUUGUAUGUCGUAAACUCGUAAUCAUGAUGGCAUUGCUCAAGUUGUCAAAUGAAGACAGAAGACAGAAAAAGGAAAUUUUGAAGAGUUUUGAAUUUUCAUUUUUAAAUCAGUCAUAAUUAUUCUGUUGGAUAAUUAUAAUUUAGUGUAAAUUCAAGUGUGAUAAAUGUGCUUUGUUAGUUAGUUCUAGUGAAAAGUGUGCAAACAUUCAGUGUUAGAAAUGGACGGCGGAUUUGGAAAUUACUCCUCCCAAAUGAAUAAUGGAAUGGGGAGGGAUCAACAGAAAGAUCCAAAAAAAUUGGCGCAAACCAUUGGAUCAAGUAUUCAAAAAAUUUCUCAAAAUGUUCAUUCAAUGAAGAAGAUGGCUAAUUUGAUGGGGAGUGCUCAGGACACCCAAGAUAUGAGGGAUCAGUUGCAUCAAAUUCAACAUUACACGAAUAAUCUAGCUACAGAUACUGGCGCUCAUUUGAAAGAAUUGCAGCAGAUUUCCUUCCAACGCAGUGUUUCAGAACAGAGAGAAUUGAAGAUGCAGAGGGAACGGCUGCAAGACGAGUUCACAGAAACUCUGAGUGCUUUCAAAGAAAUACUGGCGAAAACCUACGAAUGGGAGUGCGACGAAAUGAAGAAGAAUCGCGCCAAUUCUGGCCUUGUUAGCGUUGCUCCUCCUCCGUCCGUUAAUUCAAAAGAUUUGUUUGGAGAGAGCAGAUUUGGCGAUGAACAGCUGAUAGAGUUGCAGGACAAUUGGCCGAGCUCUGGCAACAGCAGGCAGGCGCAGAUGCAGGCGCAGGCAGAUGAUGCCAACCUGCAGAUGAUGCAGCAGCAAGAAGCUGCCAUACAACAACUCGGGAAAGAAAUUAUUGGAGUGAAUGAACUAUUCAAAGAGCUGGGAGCACUUGUUCAUGAUCAAGGAGAAUUGGUUGACAGUAUAGAGGCCAGUGUAGAAAAGACAGAAUACAAUGUUUCCCAAGGAACGUCACAACUUAGGCAAGCUAGUGAAUUAUCGAAUAAACUCCGGAAAAAAAGAUGCUUCAUGUUUCUGAUACUAGCUGGUAUACUGGCAUUCCUAGUACUUAUUAUCUACUUAGGAUCAUAAAAUGUAAUCCAACUUUUUCGUUUGAAAAGCGUAUUGUAUAUAAGAAGAAAGAAUAUAUUUUAUACAUGAAUUAUUUUAAAUCAUAGUAUUGUUGAAAAAUGCUGGUUAUUCUGGGAAUGAUUCUUAUAUUGAUCAUUGCUGUUGUUGUAUAUAAUAGUUCCGUACCAAUCAGGUUUUUUUUUAACCUGACGAUGGUGUAAAAUCAUGAGAAAUUUUCUCAUCAAUAGAACUUCUAUUUAUUACUCAAAAUCAUUCGUAAAUAACACUUCACUUUUAUAGUAUCCGAAAUUCCAAAACUACACUAUCUAUUUGAUUAUUCAAUCCAAUUCAUCAGUUAUAAACUAGAUACCUCCUAAUGUAUAUAUGUAAUUCAUUUCAAUAUUGGGAAAUAUUAUUUUCAUGAAUCACAAUGUCAAUUUAGUGCUCAAUUAACAGUGAGCAAAAUAUCUCUAUUUGACAGAAUCAAUCUUGAGUGCAUAGAAUUAAAAUCUCUUUUUCUCAACUAUUCUAUCAUUGUAAAGACAAAAAAAAUCAAAUUAAACCCAUAUUUGUUCUAAACUACCUAUUUAGGAACAAAACAUAAUGAAUCCUCAUGCCAAAAUGAAUUCCUGCAUUCGAUGAAUUUGAAUAAUAUACAUUAUUUCAGUUCGUUUGUUUACAAUGAAUCAUUUUAUUUUUGAAUGUUCGCUUCUAGAAAAUAGGAGAUUGCGUUUUUAAAUAUGUUAUGUUUUAAAAGUUAUUAUGGGUUUAAAACCUGGUUAUUUCUUGACUGACUAGGAGCUUCAAGAAUAAUUAAGUAAUUCUAAUUAGAAACUUAUCCAAAAAUCACAGUUGAGGCAAUAUUUUUAUAGGGUUUUUCGUCUACUGAAUUGUGCUGACUUUAGAAAAAAAACCUUGAUAGGUUUUAGAUAAAGUCUUGAUAUGUCUACUAUUGAUUUAUGGAGGAUAGAUCAUAAGAAUCAUAUCAUUCUAUUAGAUAUUAUCAAAUUAAUAUUAUUUUUAUGUAAUCAAAAUGCUGUUAACAAAUGAAAAACUGAUUGAAUGAAUGAGGAAUGAGCCCUGAAGUAUCUUAUUACCUCUUAAUAUUAAAAUUGCGAAAGUGCUGCUUCUACCUUUGGAACCAAUGGUCUAAAGAAUUACAUAUUCAACCCAUUACUACAUUUUCAAUAUAAGGGAACCAGCUUUACCAUCUUUAAUAAAAAUGACACUCGAAACAUUAACAAAGAAUUACGAGUUGCAGUUCAUUUUCAAGAGAACUUACGUUCUUAUGAAUAAUUGUCUGCAAGUCGUUAUCCAUCGCAUAUUCAAGAUGAUUAUGAAUUGAUAAUAUUAUGGAUUUAUGAGUUUUUCAAUUUUCAUGCUAUCAAAAUAAAAAAGUCCGACUGAGUCACUGUCAAUGUUCUAGAACUGUUCCAUAAUGAAGUAAAAACACACAUAAUAUGUUUUUGUGUGUUUUUAUUUCAUUAAAAUAAAAAAGGGUUCUUGGGAAAAAAAUUGAGUUAUGUGCUCCCAGAGCUCAAAUUUUUGGGACAGAUCAUUUCAAAUUCGGCAAGAGAGAAAUUCAUGACAUUUUGAGGACAAAUUCUUCAUGGUAUUGUUGAUUGUAUAAAACAAAAUCCUUGCGCCUCGUAUAAUGACAUUUUGAUUACUGAUCCCAUCGGACUUUACUCGUUGAUUACAAAAAUUAAUAAUGGUAGCCAAUUGAGUUGAAAGUAGUAUUUAUAACACGGGCAUUAUUUGAUUCAAUAAAUUUAUAUUACUGUACUGGAAAUUUGACAUAUUAGUCAAGUUGUAAUAAUCGAUUAACCAACAUGUUAUAUGAACAUUAUUUCUAGCUAUAUAAUUGUAACUUACUAAGUUAUUUCGAAUAGCAUAAUAAUAUCACUUAACCGUCCUAUGAUAUCAAUAAUAAAGAUAAUCUGAAAUUUAAAUCCUUUUAUAGAUUUUUCUCUCUUCAUCAACUCGGUAAAACGACAUAAUUCAGUAAUAAAUAAAUCUUCAAAAUGUAUUUAAUCUUCAAACCCAUCAAGAAUUCUUAAAUGUAAGAUUUCAAUAUUGAAUACCGUAGCAUAUUUUCCAAUUCAGGAAAAUUUCAUUCUAUAGUUUAAACAUGUAAGUUUCAAAACAAUUUUAUAUUUAGACGUUUAAUGUCGCUGUUCCCUAUAGUGGUGCUCAACUGUGGUUAUUUUAUUUUAUAACCGUCACAAUCAUCAUCAAUUGGCGAACUGGGCUAUAUUUACUUUUAUUUUCUAAUAAUUAAAACAUUUUUACUUUCAAUCAGAUAUUAGAAUAUUUCUGCUCUUGUUAAUAACUAUCCAAUAAUUAGAAUCACUUAGUGGCCAUAUAUUGUGGAAUAAUAUUCAUCUCAAACGUUUUAUGAUAAAGUAAGAAUGAAAUUCAAACUUCAAAAUAGAUUUCAUGCUUUAUAAAGAGUUUUAUGAUAUUUUUCAAAUGAAAUACAUUUUUUAGAUAUGUUUUUGGUAAGAAUUAAAGAAAAUCUUUCAGGCAUAAUAUGUAUUUGACUAUUAAGAUUGAAUUGUUCCAAGAUCUCAUAAGUUUAUUCCCAAAACAAGCUUGUACUUCAGAAACAACUAUUACAAUAGAUAAAAUAGAAGUCUCAUUCCAUUUAGGUUAAUUUUAUCACAUAAAAUUACAGUGUUCUAUUUAUCAACACUCAAAUAGAAAUGUCUAGAUCUAGAUUCUAGACUGUUGAUGUCAACCACAAAAAUGCAACCAUAUUGUAAUAAUUAUUUCUAAUAAUUUCAAUUGAUAUUAUUGUAUUACUAAAAAGUAAAAAAUAUUCUCACAUACAGUACAGUACCUACUUUCUAGUGUAAUUAUUAUGUAGAAACUCUUGUAAAUAAUAAUAGACUUCAAAAACUAUAAUAUUGAAGUAUGCAGUUGUGCAUUAAUAUGUUUUUACAUUGGUUUUAGAACUAUUUUUAUCAAUCCAAUCAAACUAUAAUAGUAUUACAAUAAUUCAUGGUAUUUUAAAUAAUAACAUUUCCCAAUCCAAGUAACUAUAAAUUGUGUUGCACAUUAUUAUUGGUUAGUUCUAACAUUUUAGUCAUGUAUUAACAACUUUUACUGUUGAAAUCAAUGAAGCCGUAUCUUACAACCUAAUUGAGACCAAUCAAUGUUAAAAGAAAGAUUAAAUACAAAUUUAGUAGUAACUUGUCUCUUGAUCACCAAAAUAAUAUUAAACAAAUAAUCGAUACUCCAUAUAAUGAAUCAUUAUUUUAUGCAUACCUUGUUACGUUAUUAAAAUAAUAUAUUGUUAUUUCACUAAUAAUAUAUUUGUUAUUUUGUUAGUCUGUGAGUCUGAUAUUGUUUAGAAUAUAUACCGUAUAUUAAAAUCUCUUUUAUGCACCAUA